AUGACUUCUGCUUCUUCCAUGUCCGUGUCUGUGGAAUGUGUGAACAUAUGUAACUUAACGAAAGGAGAAGGGAAUGCAAGAAAUGAUUGCAAUGCUCUCUCCUGUGCUUGGAAAGCUCCAAGAGCGUUAACUGGGUUUCUAGCUAGCACCGCUCAUCCACCUGUGCGUUCUUUGUAUCUAUGUGGCAGAAAUGGAAGAAAGAGUAGAGUAAAAUCUUGCGCUUGGCAGAGUUAUGAAUAUGAAGUAGGUGUUUCUGAGGUUCUUCCCUUUGUAAAUGUGAGAAAAAUCUUGAGGUCCCCAACAUCUUGUGGUGGUCAUAAAAGAUGGGAACUGUAUUGUUUAUCAUCUGAAUCUUCUGGUGCGUCCGGCAAUGUGACAGCCGAAACAUUAUGGGAGGACCUUUUCCCAUCGAUAUCUUACUUAUCCUGUAAAGAAUUAGAGUUAGUUCGAAAGGGCCUCAAGUUAGCGUUUGAGGCACAUCAUGGUCAAAAGAGACGUAGUGGGGAACCAUUCAUUAUACAUCCAGUUGCUGUUGCUCGUAUCCUUGGGGAACUUGAAUUGGAUUGGGAGUCUAUUGUUGCUGGAUUGCUACAUGACACCGUCGAGGAUACAAAUUUUAUUACUUUUGAAAAGAUAGAAGAAGAGUUUGGUGCAACUGUGCGUCACAUUGUAGAAGGGGAGACUAAGGUGUCAAAACUGGGAAAGUUGAAGUGUAAAACCGAAAGUGAAUCAAUACAAGAUGUUAAAGCAGAUGAUUUGCGGCAGAUGUUUCUGGCGAUGACAGACGAGGUCCGCGUCAUCAUUGUCAAGCUAGCUGACCGGUUGCAUAAUAUGCGAACUCUCUGCCACAUGCCUCCCCAUAAGCAGUCCAGCAUCGCAGGGGAGACAUUGCAGGUCUUUGCUCCUCUAGCGAAAUUGCUUGGAAUGUAUUCAAUAAAGUCUGAACUGGAAAAUCUAUCUUUCAUGUACGCAAGUGCGGAGGAUUAUGAGAGAGUCACAAGCAGGAUCGCUAACCUAUACAAAGAGCAUGAGAAAGAACUCACUGAGGCAAACAGAAUUUUGGUGAAAAAGAUUGAAGAUGAUCAGUUUUUGGACCUUGUGACCGUGAAUACUGAUGUUCGAUCUGUUUGCAAGGAAACUUACAGCAUAUACAAAGCUGCACUCAAAGCGAAUGGGUCAAUAAAUGAUUACAACCAGAUUGCUCAGUUACGGAUUGUUGUAAAGCCAAAACCUUCCGUGGGGGUUGGCCCUUUGUGCAGUCCACAACAGAUAUGCUAUCAUGUUCUUGGACUAGUUCAUGAGAUCUGGAAACCUAUUCCCCGAACUGUAAAAGAUUACAUUGCAACACCGAAGCCUAAUGGCUACCAGAGCCUCCAUACUACUGUCAUUCCGUUCUUGUACGAGAGUAUGUUUCGGCUGGAGGUUCAGAUCAGAACCGAGGAGAUGGACUUGAUAGCUGAAAGGGGGAUUGCUGUUUAUUACAAUGGCAAGGCUCUUUCUGCUGGAUUAGUUGGAAAUCCGGUUCCUUUAGGUAGAAACUCAAGGGGGAAGACGGGUUGCCUCAACAAUGCAGAUUUUGCACUCAGGGUUGGGUGGUUAAAUGCGAUAAGGGAAUGGCAAGAGGAGUUUGUGGGUAACAUGACCUCUAGAGAAUUUGUGGAUACCAUUACGCGGGAUCUUUUAGGUAGUCGCGUGUUUGUAUUCACACCUAAAGGAGAGAUAAAGAACCUUCCUAAAGGAGCCACCGUUGUUGACUACGCUUAUCUGAUUCACACUGAAAUCGGAAACAAGAUGGUAGCAGCAAAGGUGAAUGGUAAUCUUGUUUCUCCAACGCACGUUCUUGAGAAUGCCGAGGUGGUGGAGAUACUCACCUACAACGCCCUCUCAAGCAAAUCUGCUUUCCAGAGACACAAACAGUGGUUGCAACAUGCCAAAACAAGGAGUGCAAGACACAAGAUCAUGAGGUUCCUAAGGGAGCAAGCUGCGCAAUGCGCUGAAGAAAUAACCCAGGAUCGAGUGAAUGACUUUGUGGCGGACUCUGACAGUGACGUGGAAGAUCUCACAGAAGAUUCAAGAAAGAGCCUACAAUGGUGGGAGAAAAUUCUCGUCAAUGUUAAGCAGUUUCAGUCGCAAGACAAAAGCCGAAACGCAACACCCGCUUCUCAAAACGGGAGCGUUUGGGUCCCAAAGGUGAAUGGGAAACACAACAAGGCCAUAAAAAACUCGAGUCUGGAGAAUCCAGAGUUCUUCUUGCCUGGGGAUGGAAUUGCCAAGAUAUUGCCUGCCAACAUCCCUGCUUACAAAGAAGUGUUGCCCGGCUUAGACAGUUGGCGAGCUUCUAAAAUUGACUCGUGGCAUCAUCUCGAAGGUCACUCAAUCGACUGGUUAUGUGUAGUCUCCAUGGAUCGUAAAGGCAUAAUCGCAGAGGUUACAACAGUCCUUGCAGCUGAAGGCGUCGCAGUAUCUUCCUGCGUGGCCGAGAUUGACAGAGGAAGAGGAUUAGCAGUAAUGUUGUUUCAAAUAGAAGCAAACAUUGAAAGUUUGGUUAGUGUUUGCGCGAAGGUGGACCUAAUCUUGGGUGUGUUGGGAUGGUCCAGUGGUUGCAGCUGGCCAAGAUCAACAGAUAAUGCGCAAGUUCUUGAGUGUUGA